CGCGCGUACAAUUCCAUACCGUGCGUUAUUCUCAACGUGUUGACGAAGUGACGGAGCGAUCGUGAACUUUUCCGACCUAUCGACGCUCGUUUACGGUGUAUUUUAAAGGAUUCUUAGUGUUGGACGAAAGAAGAUACUAUAUCCGGGAAGAUCGUGGAAUUUCUUCCGAAGAUUCUGUGAAUUUUUCCAAAGAGGAUAAUUGCUCGAGUGCGCGAAUUGUGUUUUAAACAUCGUAUCAAGCAAGUUGCAGAAGACAUAGAAAACGAAGGUGAAGUUUCUGUUUGUCGCCGUACGAAUCAGAUUAUCGCGUACAGUGAAAUAUCAGUGAUAUUGACACAUGUAACUCGAUGAUAAUCGCAAUCGUAUGUAGGAUAUAAAGGAUCGUGAGUAAUCGAAAUAACCGUGUGUUGACGAACGGUGUCAAGCAUUUUCGUCACCGAGGAGAAGAUUCGGGAACCGUCGCAUUACCAACAGCAGCCGUGGUACCGCGGUUUUCAUGAUUCUCGUUUGACAAGCAGACAGCAACCCGCCACUCCGGCACCGGUCAGCUCUAUGACCAUGCUCCAGUCGCAGAAGCUGUACGGCGAUGCUGGUAGCCUCGGCGGCGCGAUGACCAGCGCCGCGAUGUCCACGAUGGGCAGCAUGGCGCCGACGUACAGCUCGAUCAACUCGGUAGGAUGUAUGCCUAUGGGUAUGUCAAUGGGAGUCGGUGUCGGACCGAGUUGCAGUCCUCAGGGCGCCGGCGGUUUCAACAUGAGCACCAUGAGUUCGGCAAUGGGGAUGGCAUCGAUGGGCGGUGGUGCUAUGGGUGGUUACGGGGGUGCCUCGAUGGGAGGCGGUGGCGCGUGUAUGAGCGCCGUCGGCUAUGGUCCUCUAACGCCAGGCGGCGGCGCCGGUGUUACCAGGGAUCCUCUUUCCCUUACCGAGCCGGAUUCGCCUAAUUCCGCUUUGCAACGCGCCAGAACCGACAAGUCUUACCGCAGAAGUUACACGCACGCGAAACCGCCCUAUUCCUACAUCAGCCUGAUCACAAUGGCUAUCCAGAACGCGCCCAGCAAGAUGCUUACGUUGUCGGAGAUCUAUCAGUUCAUCAUGGACCUGUUCCCCUUCUACAGACAAAAUCAGCAACGCUGGCAGAAUUCCAUCAGGCAUUCGCUCAGCUUCAACGAUUGUUUCGUGAAAGUGGCGCGAACUCCGGACAAGCCUGGCAAGGGCUCCUUUUGGACCUUGCAUCCAGAGAGUGGGAACAUGUUUGAGAAUGGAUGUUAUCUACGUCGACAGAAGAGGUUCAAAGACGAGAAGAAAGAAUUAACCAGACAGAACAACAAGCAUCAACAGCAUCAUACCGGAGCCGCAGCAGCCGCAGCCGCGGCAGCCGCCGCAGCCGCAGCCGCCGCCGGACACAAUAGUCCUACCUCCCACGAGUUGGCUCACGCGGCUAAAAAGACAACGUCUUCUCUCCACCACGGACCCCAGCAACAGGACGACAAGGAUCUUCAUUCCCUGGUGUCGUCGCACCAUCAUCACCACGCAGCCAGUCUCCAUCAACACCACGCCUCGUUGAAAAGCGAUACAACGGACAUAGGCGGCCUCCUAGGACCCGAACUAGGCACUGCUCACGACGAAUUGACCGCCAUGGUCAGUCGAAGUCUUCAUCCUCACUUGAUCUCCGAACCUACGGCUCUGCAUCAUGGAAUGACCGGUAGUUUGAAACAAGAGCCACCGUACACCGCUGCCAGUCAUCCUUUUAGCAUCACCAGGCUACUGCCGGGCGCGACGGCGGGCACAUCGCCAGGCGCGCAAGACAUCAAGCCACCGGAGAUGAAAAUGUACGAGCAGCUGCAUCAGAGCUACGCCAACUUCGGCUCGCCUCAUCAUCCUCACGCUCACUCCGCGCCACCAAGUCACCAUCAUCACAAUGGCAUGCACACGGGCUCGAACGCGGCUGGUCCAAUGCACAACAUGACCAAUCACCAUCACCAGGAGUAUUACCAGAGUCCGCUGUACCAUCACGCGACCAGCGUGGCUAGUAGCAGCGCGCCCCCGCCGUCCUCCGUCGCCACCGCGGCUCCAGGCUUGUGACACCACGCUACCCACCCCUACGCCCUGGCCUGAGUCGCUGCAGCCGGCAGCCGCGGCAUACGCCGCCACCGCAGCCGCGAGCAAUCCCUCGACCACGGCGAACAUCGUUCUCCCUGUCCUCGAUCAGGAUCACCAAGCCCAUCAUCAUCAACCACCCUCCUCUUCCACCGCCUUGUCGUCCUCGUCAUCGUCUUCUUCGUCCUCGUCGUCGGC